CCAUGUGUGAUCUCAACAUUAUAUCGCACCAUUUCUUCAUAUUUUCUUUACUGAACCAUUGGAUACUUUGAAACUUGUUACUCCAUUCAUCAAACCCUGGAAUAAAAAUCACCUGAAGGUCCCAACAUCUGAAAAGGACUGAGACUAAAUCAGGAUGUUGAUCACUGCAGCUCUUAUUCUCACUGUCACCAGUAAAGUUGUCCUAGGAUGGGAUUACAGACAGGCUGUUCUAUCCCAAGCACCAAUAUAUCCAUUAAAUAUGUCAGAGAGUUCAGUUGAUGACCGGUAUGAUGGUUGUACAGAGAAGAUGGCAAACCUGGUGGAGACAAAAUAUCUAUCUGAAGAAAUCGCUGCUGACAUAUCAGGCUUUGGAACUGCUUGGAAGACCAGUGAAGGAGAAAUCCCUGAACCAAAAGAUAACUUGACUAGAAAACAUUUAAUUGCUAUUUCCGUGUACACUGGUCGUACAGUAUAUAAUCAAUUCAAUCAGGAUGUUAGGAGUGGUAAACUAAAAUACAAAAACAUGAAAUAUGCAUGGUAUUCACUUCACUUUUUGUUGACAGAAGCAAUACAGAUUUUAAAGAAAACACAAGAGGGAUGUAAAUUAACUUAUCGUGGUACCAGUGUUACGUUUAAUGAAAGUGUUCUGUACAAAGAGAUUCGUUUUGGCUCAUUUGCGUCCUCCUCUCUUGAUCGAGACGCAGCAAAGAUAUUUGGAAAUGAAUCUUGUUUUAAAAUCAAGACUUGUUAUGGUGCUAAUGUGACAAAAUACUCCCAGUAUCCUGAUGAGAGAGAAGUGCUGAUUCCUCCAUAUGAAAAGUUUAAAGUGACUGAAAUCAAGAAGGAUGACUGGUGUAAGACUGUGUUUGUGUUGGAAAGCUCUGGAAUAAGAAGUGACUUAAACUGUGCAGUUGCAUCAGCCGAGUCCCAGAUAUCUCACAGAUGUCUGUCGCUGUGGCUGACCAGCUUUUACAUCUUUAUUCAUUUCUCUUUUUUAUAUUAAAUAUUACUUUCACUUCUUAUUGAGCCUAACACAUAACAUGCAGAGAAAAUUAUAUCCUGGCCAUAAAUUAAGAAUUUAUUCCCACGAUUUAUUAACCCUCUGGGGUUAGACCAUUUUGGGACAAUGGCAGAGGUUCUGACAUGCUCUUACAUUUGGUCUUUUUUCAGUUGCUUUAAACAUAUAAAUGGCUUAUAUCACAUAACAUUGUAUUCAACACAAACUGUGCUAAAAUAAUAUGCAAGUAACAUGUAUGUACAUGUAUUUUUAACUAAAUGAUGUUUAUGCGUGGUUAGUAGAAAUAAAAAAAAUAUGCUGAAAUAAGCCCAAGGAAGAACACAUAGUAAACAUUUUUUCCUCAACAAAAAACUGGGUCUUGUAGAGCUGGGAAUUUGCUACAAAAAUAUGUAAAAACCAUUUUACCCACUCAUUCACAUGAAACAAUAUGAAGAGUUUGGUUGCAAAACAAGAUAACUCAGAAAUCUCGUUUUUUGGUUGUGCAUUCCAAUUAAUAUCAAUUCAACUGCAGUUGGUUUGUUUUGAGUUUAACCUUCAUAACUUAAAAAAUACAGCUAGGUAGCACCAUUAAACUAAAUAAUAACAUGAUAACAAAAUAAUAAACAUGUUUUGACAAAAAUGUUAAAAACGGACGGUGUUAUCUCGUUUUGCAACGAAAACUCUUCAUAUAUUGAUAUAACUUUUGUAAGACACUUUUUCUUGUGUAAAGGCAAUAUGCAAUGGAGGGUCAAUGGUCAUGAAUAUUGAUGUAAUUUAGACCUGGAGAUAAAGACCCAACCCCUAAUAACUUAAUGAGUUGUGAUAGAAUGAAUUUGAGGAGACAUAAAGUGAAAAUGUUUUUUCCUUGUAAUUCAAAAUAGUGUACAAUAAAAUUUAAAUAAUAAGUGUCAAAUAUACAUUUUGUACACAUUCAUUUUAGCAGACAACUUUGUGUCAGUUUGGAAUACAGUUCCUAAAGAUACAAGUGAAUUGUUUAUAGCUUCUGUUUUUAAAGCUUGUUUCUGUAAGCCGUAUAACUGUUUCUAAAACACGUUGCAUAGAUCAGUACAAAGUGUAUGCACCAAAAUUUUGUAUCAGAAAAGAUGUAAUGACUUUUAGUGUAGCUCCUAUGCUUGCUAACAAUGUUUUGUGUAACUUACUGUAUACAGUAUGUUCAAUGUAUCACUUUACUUUAGCUGGUCUCAUGCCAUGUUUGAA